CCUGCCCUGCUGGUCCGAGCCCCGCAUUCCGCGCCUGGACUUUCCCAGCCCGGUGGUCCGGAGUUGCUGGGACGUUCGAGCGCCGGCCUUGAUCCGGAGCUUCGAGACGGGACGUUCUCGGCCCCAUCACACUGACCCAUCUCUGCUGGAGUGUCCUCCACCCCCGGGUCAGCGCAAGGUGGCCCCGGCUCUGGGACUUGCGUGUAGAGGAGCCGGGACGCCCACCGGCCUCCAGCUCCCGGAGAACCAAAUCUUCAGCUGCCUUGGACCGAACUGCUCUAGACUUGAAACUGUACUGGCACCGCCCGGGUCCAGCGUACCGUGAGGGGUCCCAUGCUGGCAGGACAGUCGGACUGAACCCCUGGGCUGGUGCUGCAAAUCGAAGCUGCCACCUUUCUCCGCCCUAGGCUAAGAAUUUGUGGGUGCUUGACCUAAAGGGAACACGGGCUUUUCCUGCCACAGUCUCCAGCGAGCCGAGGUUCCAGCUCUUCGACUGAAGUGACAUCACUCUGUGGACGGGACACCCCUGGAGUGCAGCCCAUAGCCGCCUGGACCUGCUAUCAGCACCAGCCAGGGGCCUCCAUGGGUGCUUGAGGGCCAGGCACCAGGGCCGCGGGCACGAGCAUGGUGAGACACCAGCCCCUGCAGUACUACGAGCCCCAACUGUGCCUUUCCUGCCUCACCGGCAUCUAUGGCUGCCGCUGGAAACGCUACCAACGCUCGCACGAUGAUACCACACCGUGGGAGCGCCUGUGGUUCCUGCUCCUCGUCUGCACCUUCAGCCUCACGCUCACCUGGCUCUACUUCUGGUGGGGAGUCCACAACGACUACGAUGAGUUCAACUGGUACCUCUACAACCGCAUGGGCUACUGGAGCGACUGGUCCGUGCCCAUCCUGGUGACCACGGCUGCUGCAUUCACAUACAUAGCAGGCCUCCUGGUCCUGGCACUAUGUCACAUCGCCGUGGGGCAGCAGAUGAGCCUGCACUGGAUACACAAGAUGGGGCUGGUGGUCAUCCUGGCUUCCACGGUGGUGGCCAUGUGUGCAGUGGCCCAGCUCUGGGAAGAUGAGUGGGAGGUGCUGCUGAUCUCCCUGCAGGGCACAGCACCAUUCCUGCAUAUAGGGGCCCUGGUGGCCAUCACUGCACUCUCCUGGAUCGUUGCCGGACAGUUCGCCCGUGCAGAGCGGUCCUCCUCCCAGCUCACCAUUCUCUGUACCUUCUUCGCCGUGGUCUUCACCUUCUACCUGGCCCCUCUCAGUAUCUCCUCUCCCUGCAUCAUGGAGAAGAAAGACCUGGGCCCCAAACCUGCCCUCAUCGGCCACCGAGGGGCCCCCAUGUUGGCUCCAGAGCACACACUGAUGUCCUUCCGGAAGGCCCUGGAGCAGAAGCUGUAUGGGCUGCAAGCUGACAUCACCAUCAGCCUUGAUGGUGUGCCCUUUCUCAUGCAUGACACUACCCUGAGGCGGACCACCAAUGUGGAGCAGGUAUUCCCGGAGCUUGCCCGCAGGCCUGCUGCCAUGCUCAACUGGACUGUCCUACAGAGGCUCAACGCCGGCCAGUGGUUCCUCAAGACUGACCCCUUCUGGACAGCCAGCUCCCUGUCACCCUCCGACCACAGGGAGGUUCAGAACCAGUCCAUCUGCAGCCUGGCAGAGCUCCUGGAGCUAGCCAAGGGCAAUGCCACACUGCUCCUCAACCUUCGGGACCCGCCCCGUGAUCACCCAUACCGUGGCAGCUUCCUCAACAUCACACUGGAGGCCGUGCUGCGUUCAGGCUUCCCACAGCACCAGGUCAUGUGGCUGCCUAACAGGCAGAGGUCUUUGGUACGGAAGAUGGCUCCUGGCUUCCAGCAAACAUCUGGAUCUAAAGAAGCCAUCGACACCCUACGGAAAGGUCACAUCCAGAAGCUAAACCUCCGCUACACUCAGGUGUCCCACCAGGAGCUCAGGGACUAUGCAUCCUGGAACCUGAGUGUAAACCUCUACACUGUCAAUGCACCGUGGCUCUUCUCCCUGCUGUGGUGUGCCGGGGUCCCCUCCGUCACUUCCGACAACUCUCAUACCCUUUCUCGGGUGCCUUCUCCGCUCUGGAUCAUGCCCCCAGACGAGUACUGCCUCAUGUGGGUCACCGCCGACCUGAUCUCCUUCAGCCUCAUCAUUGGCAUCUUCGUGCUCCAGAAGUGGCGCCUGGGUGGUAUACGGAGUUACAACCCAGAGCAGAUCAUGCUGAGUGCCGCUGUACGCCGGACCAGCCGGGAUGUCAGCAUCAUGAAAGAGAAACUCAUCUUCUCAGAGAUCAGUGAUGGUGUGGAAGUCUCUGAUGAGCUCUCCGUAUGUUCAGACAGCAGUUACGACACCUAUGCCAACAGCACAGCCACCCCCAUGGGCCCUCGAAGUGCUGGCAGCCGUGCCAAGACCUUCACAGAGCAAGGUGGGCAUUAGCUGAAGAUCUGUCUGCCCAACUUGUACCCAAGGUAGAACCUAGAAGAGAGGAACGCCUGAAGAAAGAAACUGCACCUGGAGUGCCUGGGAGCUGGCUCCUCAGCCUACGUGUGUGCCCCAAGCUCCUUUGUCUGUUCCAGCCUCUCUUGCAUGACUGGGGGAUGCCGGGGGUCCUCUCCACUGAGGCUCAGCUAGACUAGGACUCCAGCCUCUCAGAUGCCCCUGCAGGCCUGGGGCUUUUCAUCCAGGAAGUGAAGGCCUAGUCUCCUGGUCCACUCUCAUAAUCAGCCUUGGCCUCCCAGCCUGGAAGGUUUGGCGAGUCACCGGGGUGUGCCCUGUGCCCCAUGCAAGUGGAGGACGUGGCUGUCUCCCUGUGCUCACACCUGUCUAUUUUUCUGUCUGUGCUGUGAGAUGACUAACUGUUCUCACUCCUGCCUUGAGGACGUUGGCUGGGCCUCACCCCUGCCUCAGGGCUCUACUCUGCACCCAUCUCAAAGCACAAGGAAGUUCAUCUCAGGAGAAACCAGUGGCUGUGGUGGAGACAUGUUCCUCCCAACCAGCUUCCCUCUACCACUGGCCUCUCUGUCCCUGAGAAGCAGCUAGAGAUGACCAGAAUCACAGGCUCAGGGCUGUUCUGCCUCGCACCCGACUGUCCAGCAGGCCUCUAGGGCAGAAGAAGCCUUGAGGACCAGGUGAACGACAGACUGAUAUGACCUCAGGUUCCCACAGCUGUGGCCACAGGGCAAUGGGCCACCUGGGCAAAGCGCUCUGGGCUCAGUCAAGCAUGGGCCUCUGGCCAAAGCUGCCUAUAGUAGAAGGAACCUAAGGGCAAAGACAAUUAAAGCUGCCAUCUUGA